AUGGUGAUCCCGUCCGCCUCGAUGCCGUCUACAUUGCCCAACGGCCACCAGUCCUCCCUCACAAAUGAUAUUAACGAGAAACAUGAUAAUCAAUCCUCAAACAUCGGUAACGUGAGCGACAUGUCCGCAGCCAGUGCUGACGAGGAACACUCCUCCGAUGAAGAUGCGGAGCAUCUUGAGAGUGGGGAUGCGGAGUCCGACGAUCCCGCUGAGGAGUUUAAUGCGGAGAUAAAUUCCGACUCAUCGGAUAAUGACAAUGAUACCGAUGGCCUAGCUUCUCCAGUUUCUGAAAGGGCCAUGAGUGAGAAUGAUGCUGAUUCCGCUGUCGAAGACGCCUCUGGCGCGCAUCUCGCUUCUAUCUCGGCCAACUCAUCGACUCAUAACCUGAAGAGGGGCACAAAGCGAAAAUCCCCCAUAAUUGAGGACGACUUUAUAAGAAAUAAUCCAAGUUUAUAUGGGUUGCGUCGCAGUAGCCGAGCGAGAUCUGUGCGCCAGACAGCCCAUACCACUUCCGAUUCCGACUCUGACGCUGUUGCACCCGCUUCGAAGCGGAGACGACGCACCCCAAAUCGUUCAUCACAACGUCCCUCCCUCUCCCAAUCAAUAGAAUCUGCGUCUGACUCCAAUAGCGAUGAAUAUCAAGGCUCGCGUAGGAGAACCUCAAAAUCCAAACGUCGACGACUGGCUCAGUCUGCCGACAACCUAAUACCCACCCAUGCCGAAAUCCGCUUUUCUACUAGACGUGCGAAUAGAGUAUCUAAUUAUAAUGAAGAUGACGAUGACGAUGAAUUCGAAGAUGAAUCAGGGAUGAUGACACCAGGUGAAUGGGCUACGGCAGUCGAUGACACAACUCCCGGCAUUGAUGUCGUGCUCAACUAUAGGUUGAAGGACGGCAUUGACAUCACACGGCACGACCUGAGUCGCCAUGACUGUGAGUUCUAUAUUAAAUGGCAAGGGAAAUCCCAUUAUCAUGCAACUUGGGAGACAUUAGAAUCUCUUGCCAGCUGUAGGGGCGUGCGUCGGCUAGAGAACUACAUCCGCAAAACCUUGUCCCAAUCCAUACUGUACAUGAGGGACCCUGAAGUCAUUCCCGAGGAAAAGGAGAAAUGGAAUCUUGACCGGGAACGUGAUGUGGAUGCUAUUGAAGAUUAUAAACUAGCAGAACGUGUCAUCGGCUCUCGUGAGGUCGAUGGUGAAACAGAGUACUACGUUAAAUGGAAACGGCUUUUUUAUGACUCCUGUACCUGGGAACCUGCAUCCCUCGUCAGCGAGAUUGCCCAGCGGGAAAUCGAUCGUUAUCUUGACCGCUGCUCCCAUCCACCUAUAUCAAACAAAAUGGAAUCAAACCCUGCAACACGAGCUCCCUUCGAGCCUAUCCAUGGCACCCCAAGCUAUGUUAAGAACGGCGAACUCAAGGAGUUCCAAGUCAAAGGUGUGAACUUUAUGGCGUAUAACUGGGUUCGUGGUCGAAAUGUAGUCCUUGCUGAUGAGAUGGGCUUGGGGAAGACUGUCCAAACGGUUGCCUUUAUAAGCUGGCUGCGGCAUGUUAGAAAUCAGCAAGGACCGUUCAUUGUCGUUGUUCCGCUGUCUACAAUGCCUUCCUGGGCGGAGACCUUUGAUAAUUGGACGCCUGAUCUGAACUACGUUGUCUACAAUGGCAACGAAGUUUCUCGGAAUAUCAUAAAGGAUUAUGAAUUGUUAAUGGAUGGGAAUGUUAGGCGGCCCAAGUUCCAUGUCCUUUUGACCACUUAUGAAUACGUUCUCGUUGACGCUACCUUCCUCAGUCAAAUCAAGUGGCAGUUUAUGGCUGUGGAUGAAGCUCAUCGACUCAAGAAUCGGGAUUCGCAACUUUACUCUAGGCUCGUCGAAUUCAAGUCACCUAGUCGACUGCUCAUCACCGGAACCCCGGUUCAGAACAACCUUGGUGAACUCUCUGCUUUGAUGGAUUUCUUAAACCCCGGGCUCAUCCAAAUUGACGAUGACAUGGACUUGAGUUGUGAAGCGGCCGGUGUGAAGUUAGCGGAACUUACCAAAUCCAUUCAACCCUACAUGCUUCGCCGUACUAAAUCAAAGGUUGAAUCGGAUCUGCCCCCGAAAUCAGAGAAGAUUAUUCGAGUCGAAUUAUCAGAUGUCCAACUUGAAUACUACAAAAACAUCCUGACGAAAAACUAUGCUGCUCUAAACCAAGGAAGUAAAGGCCAGAAGCAGUCCUUGCUUAAUAUCAUGAUGGAGCUAAAGAAGGCCAGCAAUCAUCCGUUUAUGUUUCCCAACGCUGAGUCCAGGAUAUUAGAGGGGAAGACUGGCCGUGAAGAAAUGAUGCGUGCCAUCAUCACGAGCAGUGGCAAAAUGAUGUUGUUGGAUCAGCUUUUGGCCAAAUUAAGGAAGGAUGGCCAUCGUGUUUUGAUUUUCAGCCAAAUGGUUCGAAUGCUUGACAUCCUAGCCGACUACAUGGAUGUUCGUGGCUACGCCUAUCAACGGUUAGAUGGCACAAUCGCUGCCGGUCCCCGACGUCUUUCUAUCGAACACUUCAAUGCUCCGGAUAGCAAUGAUUUUGCUUUCCUCCUCUCCACUCGUGCGGGAGGCCUGGGAAUUAACCUCAUGACCGCCGAUACAGUUGUCCUCUUUGAUUCAGAUUGGAACCCUCAAGCUGAUCUGCAAGCAAUGGCACGCGCUCAUAGAAUAGGACAGACUAAGCCCGUCAGCGUAUAUCGUCUUGUGUCCAAGGAUACUGUUGAAGAAGAGGUCCUUGAAAGAGCGCGAAAUAAGCUACUGCUUGAAUUCAUUACUAUACAGCGAGGAGUUACUGAUAAAGAAGCGAUUGAACUCAAAGACAAAAUGGCCCGUGCUGGUGCCCAAAUCAGCGAACCCACCUCUUCUGACGACAUAUCUCGCAUUCUCAAGCGUCGCGGUCAGCGUAUGUUUGAGCAAUCUGGAAACCAAAAGAAACUGGAGGAGCUGGAUAUCGACUCUGUGCUGGAGAACGCUGAAGAGCACAAAACAGAACAGGCUGAAGGCAUGGAGGCUGAUGGUGGAGAAGAAUUCCUAAAAGCCUUUGAGUUUGUUGAUGUGAAAGUGGAUGAGCUUACUUGGGACCAGAUCAUUCCAAAGGAGGAACUUGAGCAGAUUAAAGCAGAGGAAGAACGCCGGGCCCAUGAGCAGUUCCUGGCACAAGAGAUCGAGCGAAAUCAGCCGCGUAAACGGAAAGAACCAUUGGAUGGACGGCAGGAGCGCCAGGCAAAGCGACGUGCACGAGAGCAAGUUAACAUUGACGCUGACGAUGUAUCUGAUGCUCCACCUCCUCCAGACCCCAGUCGACCACUCAGCGAAAAGGAGUAUAGACAUCUUAUCCGUGCAUAUCUUCGAUAUGGUGACAUUAAUGACCGACAAGAUGAUUUAAUUCGGGAAGCUAGGCUGAUUGGCCGGGAUAUAGCUGUGGUGAAAGCUGCUUUGAGUGAUGUGAUCGAGAAAGCACAUGCUCUUCUAAAGGAGGAGAAUAACCGACUCAAUGCCCUUGAGCGCGAAGGGAAGGGUUUCACUAAGAAAGAGAGGAAGGCGAUUCUUUUCGACCAUCAAGGUGUGAAACGGCUUAAUGCAGAAACGAUUGUGGAAAGACCUAAUGAAAUGCGUAUCCUGAGAGAUGCAACUGCUGAUCUUGCUGAUCCUAAAAGCUUUCGUAUCCCAGAAGCUACGAAAGGCGCUGAUUAUACAUGCCCAUGGGGUGCUCGCGAAGAUGGCAUGCUUUGCAUUGGCAUCGCUCGCCACGGCUACGGUGCCUGGACUCAGAUUCGCGAUGACCCCGAUCUUGCCCUUGCCGACAAGUUUUUUCUCGAGGAGCAUCGGGUUGACCGGAAAGCGGAACGCAUGAAUGGUGGUGGGAAAGGUGCAACUAAGUCUCCCGGAGCUGUCCAUCUGGUCCGCCGUGCAGACUAUCUCUUGUCAGUCUUGAAGGACAAAAUGACCAAUGGUUCGAACAUGCUAGCGAAGAGAGCUGUAGAGAACCAUCACCGCAAUAUCAAGAAGAACGGGUUGCAUUCCAAGGGUCAUGCGAGUGGGAGUGUCUCGGCGUCCCCGGCACCCUCCCUACCCCGCAAGCCACGAGACUCGGACAAAUCACGAUCUCGUGCUCACCACAGAUCUCGAGAGUGUGCUGAUUUUACCAACAACUCCGCUGCUGACGGUUACAGGUCUGACCGUCCUCGCAUGAAGGGUAGUCGGGAUGAGAGAGAUCGUUACCGCCAUAGCAACGACCAUGGUGGAAGCGGCGUUAGUAGUAAUGACGGCGUGCUCAGGGUUAUAUUCAAGCCUAUCCGGGAGCAUCUCAAGCGGGUAUCGCAGGUCACCAAGGAGAACAUCCCAAGCAAGACUGAUAGGGCAGGGGAGCUGCGCCGGUUACUGCGUCUUAUUGGGGAGUUUAUCCGUGACACUUUGGAAGGUAGAGAGGCACCAGCUUCGUUGGAGGAGCGGUUGUGGGGAUACGCUGCGACCUAUUGGCCCAACAAGGGUACUCCGGCAACAGCUCUCCUUAACAUGUUCGAUCGUCUUGUCGCUGCUGAAAACGGUGAAUCGGCCCAACAACGUCGAUAA